CCUUUUCUUUCAAACCUUGUUCCACCAUCUGUCAGAUCAAUUUUCGUUUUUCAGUUCAAAUUAUAAAUAUGGAAUGGAUGAACACUCCUCUCAGUUCAUCUGCUUUCCUUUCCAGACUCUGUUAAUUAAUUAAUGAUAAUACUCUGAAAGAAGGCUAAUUGGUUGCCACGUGGCAGUCUUAUGACCGCCUAAAUGUUACUGCUUCACGUGCUUAUGUUGUGAAGAGAGGAACCUUUGUUUAGGAGUUUGGACUCAUGUUUUUAAGAUGUCCAACUGAGUUAAUGUUUUCUGAAUUUCUGGAAGCGUUAUUUUAGAUUUUUUAUUAUUAUUAUUUUUAUUUUGAAACUUUUAUUUAUUUAUUUCAUAUUUAGUAGAAUAAGAGAAAUAGUAAUAAAACACGGAUUAAUUAUAUUUUAGGUAGACUGGGAUAUGAAAUGAUUCCUUGGGGUGUGUUUGGGAAGUGAAGAUAACGUUUUUUCUACGUAAUUCUUUUUUGACGUAUAUGAGAGGGACCAUCACUCUGCAUUGCAUUACCCACUGCUCUGCUUCUGCUUCUGCGCACAUGAUUUGGAAGCAAAGAAGAAGCACAAGUUUGCUUUUUGUUUCUUCACAUUUUAAAAUUGUUAUGAAAGUUGUGGAUAAUAAGGCUGAUGUUGUAGUCUCUUUGAAGCAAUGGUGAUUCCAAUAGCAGUGGCACUGGUGGUGAUUCUCAUUGGGUUGGUUUACCAGGCCAUAAAACCCCCAGUUCCUAAAAUCUGUGGAUCCAUUGGUGCUCCUCAAGUUACUUCACCCAGAGUGAAGCUCAGUGAUGGCAGGAAUUUGGCCUACCGAGAAUUUGGUGUUCCUAAGGAAGAAGCUAGGUACAAGAUCAUUGUCAUUCAUGGAUAUAACAGUUUCAAAGACACAACUUUACCAGUUUCUCAAGAACUUAUUGAGGAGCUUGGGAUAUAUUUCCUCCACUUCGACAGGGCUGGUUAUGGUGAAAGUGACCCACAUUCAUCACGUUCUGUGAAGAGUGAAGCUUAUGAUAUUCAAGAACUGGCUGAUAAAUUGGAGAUUGGUGAUAAGUUUUAUAUAAUUGGAAUGUCAAUGGGAGGUUACCCUGUUUGGAGCUGCCUAAAAUACAUUCCACACAGAUUAUCAGGAGCAGCUUUGGUGGCUCCAUUUAUAAGCUAUUGGUGGCCUUCUUUUCCUGAUCAUCUUUUGAGAGAGGCAUUUCAGAUGCUAACUCGGUCAGACAAAUGGACUUUUCGAGUUGCACAUCACGCCCCUUGGUUGUUCCAUUGGUGGAUGACACAAAAAUGGUUUCCUUCAUUGACUUUAACAAACAUGUUGUCUCCUGAUGAUAUAGAAAUAGUGAAGACCUUGUCAGAACUCCCAAACACUGCUCAGGAGAAGAUAACUCAGCAAGGUGAAUAUGAAUCGUUACACCGAGACAUAAUGAGUGCUUUUGGAAGGUGGGAAUUUGGCCCCACAGAGAUAGAAAAUCCUUUCCCUGAUGAUAAUGGUUCAGUCCACAUAUGGCAAGGCUUUGAAGAUAGGAUCAUUCCCUACACACUGAACCGUUACAUCUCUCAAAAAUUACCAUGGAUUCUUUAUCACGAGCUUCCUCAUGCGGGACAUUUGUUUCUCUUCAAGAAAAAUGAAUGCGAGUCUAUUAUAAGAGCACUUGUACUCUCACCACAUAUUUCUGAAUAAGAUGCAAGCUGUGGAGAAAACCAUACCAGUAAUUUUAUGAGCCAACAAACAUGCCAGUUUACCAAUUGUCGAGCAUGUUGUAGGCAUUGCAUUUAAGCAGUGUGAUUGGUUGGAACCAAGUUUCAAAUUAAACAUUAAACUUUUACAUCUUAA